AGGAAGUUCGGCAAGCACAUCCAGAAGCGCCAACUUGAUAUACCCGAGUAUGCGGCAAGCUUCGUCGACUACAAGGCAUUGAAGAAGCUCAUCAAGAAACUGAGCGCAACACCCGUGUUGUCGGCACUGCAAAAGAAUGGCGAUGGCGGAGCUCAGCAGGAUUCACAAACGUUGCUACAAGCGAACAAAGCCACAUUUUUCUUCAGAUUGGAGAGAGAGCUGGAGAAAGUCAACAUCUUCUACUUGCAGAAGGAGGCAGAGGUCGGUUUGGCGAGCAUUGAACAAAAGCCCAACGAUCUAGACAAGCUCCAGCAGUUUGUCGAGGUCAAUCAGACUGCGUUCUCGAAGAUAUUGAAAAAGUCGCGAACCAAAGAGUUAUAUCUCUCAAGAGCCGUCGACGUACAGCCCUGCUUCAACCGCGAUGUCAUUAGCGACCUAUCGGACCAAGCCACGACCGGACUCCUCGAACUUCAGGCGUGGGCAGAAGGAGAGAAGAUUGCAUAUACACCAGCCGUGGAGCUUCAGAAUCGGGUACAGCCUGUAGGUCAAGAUGAUGAGAUUGAGAACCAGGUCAUACAGGCCAUCAAUGCCGGGAACACAACCCUUGUCCGCGAGUGGUCUGCUCGAACAGCAGCGAGUGAAGAAGCGAAGGAACGCAUCAGUCGAGUCUUCCUCAAUACGGCGAAUACUGCCGCUCAGAGUGCUCAGGACAUUUUGUACGAGACCAAUCUGGUGGACUUCAACUACGCCGAUCCUAUCAACGAGAGAAACUGCCUUCACGAAGCUGCGGUCAACGGGAAAAUCAGCAUACUCAACGUGGCAUUGACAAGAGGUGCAAACAUCCGUGCUCCGGACGUGUACGGUCGGAUACCGCUUCAUUACGCUUGCAUGCACGGAAGGGCUGAGAUGGUCAAGAUACUGAUUGCAUCCGCGUCAGACACAGUUGACCUAAAGGAUCUUGACAAUUUCACGCCACUAGUUCAUGCAAUCGUCCAUUCUCGGCUGGAAAGCGUCCAGGAGAUGCUGAAAGCUGGAGCAAUCGUCGACCCUACCAGCAGCACGGAUCAUAUUCCUCUUAGUCUGGCAUGUCAAUAUGGAUCCGUGCCGAUUGUUGAGCAGAUUCUCCAAUGCCGACCACAGAUCAUUCCUGAUGCAGAAGGUUUGUUCCCGCAGCAUCUUGUGGCCAGGUUCGGCAGAGACGGAAAGAUUCUUGUCAUGCUGAAAGAGUUCGGAGUGGAUAUGGAUCAGCCUGACAAGCUGUACCAGUGGACGCCGAUAUUCCAUGCCGCAUCAGAAGGUCAUUUGCACUGCUUGCGUCAACUGCUGGAGUUCAAUGUGCAUGCUGCGGCCGUGGAUGAGAAAGAUCUUCCAGCAAUGUACUACGCGGCGUGGGAAGGUCACCUCGAUUGCAUGCAGCUGCUCGCACAGGCUUGUGCCGCGGCAAACAAUGCCCAGCGAGGCACCGUCCCGACAAUCAAUGGGCCUCCUGCUCUGACUGGCAUGACUCCAGCUGCCGCAAUCCCAGACUUGAACGACCUGGACUCAGAGAUGAUUCCAGACCUUUCAUUACCUCCACCCAUCAUCCCACUGAGACGCUACGGACACAACUUCCUUGAUACUACCAAGACAUUCAUCCUCUUGUCUUUCGGAGAUUUGGGCUGCGAUGCGAUUGAAUUCUAUGGAGACACGAAAUACCCGGCGGCUCGUCUGACCAUUUCUUCUAAAUCGUCGGAUCUGAUCCCGCGAAAUCUUCCCUUGCCGGUGCAGGAUGACUUCAAGAAUAUUUCCUUCCAGAUCGAGAACCUCGAAGCUUUCAGCAUCGACUUCGAUAUCUAUCCCACAUUCGGCAGCAAAGUCAUCGCGCGCGCUGCUGCUUCAAGUCGUGUGUUCACUGGGAAGGCAAGCAGCUCAGGGCGGUGGCAUCUCGAGAUGUUCGAUCCUCGACUUCGUGCAAUCGGUCGCAUCAGCUUCCGAUACCAGGUGGUUACACCAUUCCACGGAAUACCGCUCGAGAUCACGCAUUUUGCAACCUACUGGAAAGCGACGAGCCAGUACGAUGACCAUCACAGCAACCUCAUCACCGGCAGCAGUCUUUCUGGCGAUUUCAUGAGACUCUUCGUGCAAGUCACUAGGGACGGCGUGCCUGUCCUUCACAAUGAGUGGGCAUUGCCGAGCAGUCGCAACGAUCUGGUGAGCAGGUUGACCUACCGCGAGUUUCAGGCCGCAGGUCUCGAGAUGGGCAGGGGCCAAGGCGUGCUCCAAAAUAUCGUCGCUGCCGGCAUCGAUCGGGAGGAUCUAGCGACAACUCAACGUCAAGUCGCUCGGUCCUAUGUGUCGCUCGCAGACACACUAGCACUCCUGCCGGCAGACUUACAUCUAGAGAUCCACGUCUGCUACCCUUCUCAUGCAGAGGAAGAGAAACUUCAGCUGGGACCAACUCAGAACGUCAACGCUGUUGUUGAUGGCGUGCUCAAAGUGGUCUUCGACCAUGCUAGACAGCUCCGAGAGUCCAAGGACGGCCCGCAAAGAAAUUUUGUGUUCUCCAGUUACAACGCAGACAUCUGCACUGCGUUGAACUGGAAGCAGCCGAACUGUGCGUAUCGGCUUAUCUGUUCCUUCCCGGCAUACACUGACAUGCAUUGCAGAUCCCGUGCUGCUAUGCAACGAACUCGGCGUGGCGCCCAUUACCAACAGCCAACGCCGAUCCAGCCAAAAUAUCGUCGCCAACUGCGGCCGCGCCGACAUGUCCAUCAAGGAGGCCGUCAGGAUUGCGCAGAGCAACAAUUUCAUGGGCCUGAUCUGCACUUCUCGCUUGCUCGAGCUGGUGCCCGCCCUGGUUUCCUCUGUCAAGGAAGCUGGACUCGUGCUCAUUGCUGA